AUGAGUUCAAAAAUACACUCAGUUGAUGUGGAAAAAGAUGCUUUCUCAAAUGCUAUUCCUGAGAUUGAAAUUCUGAAGAGAAGAAAGAAAGAAGAGAUAGAGAAACAACAAGUUCUUGAAAUACAGGAACUUGAAAAAGCAAGUAAAAUUCUUGGAAAGCAGUGUCUGAGUGAGAUGAAUGAAGAAGUUCUGUUAAUUCUUCAUGCUCAGGCUAGACAACUACAGGAAGUGAUCAAGUUCAAACUUGGAAUUUCAAACACAGUUCAAAAAACUUUGAAAAUUUCUAAUACAAUCACUGACUCUUCAAAGAAAACAUAUGCUCAAGCAGCUGAAUCUGCUGUCUCUAAAUCUGCUGUCUCUAAAUCUACUGUCUCAAAACCUGCUCAAAAUUCUGAGAAAACUGAGAAGAAUACUGCUCAUGCCUCUAUUCAUAGAAAAGUGGAAAAGAAAAUGCAAAAAGAGAAAAACUUCCAAAUCUUCAGAAAUAGAAGACUUAUUCUCAAAGUCUCAAACCAGGACAUUCUGCAAAGAAACAAGCUAAACUCAAAUCUCAUUUUCAGAAUCAGAAAUGAAAUUAACCAGCAGUUCUUUUCUCAGUUAAUGACUGAUAUUGAAGUUCAAAAACCAGUUAUAGCUUCAAUUGAAUCAUCAUUCUUUGGAAACUCCAUCAUUCUGACUACAAUGCCUGAAUUCAGUGCUGAAUUCCUUAUUCAGAAUGAGAAUCUCUGGAAGUCAGCAGUAGAAUCUUUGUUAAAUACAACAAUUCUAUCUGAAAGAGAUGAAAAGUGGAGCAAAUUCAUUCUUCAUGAUAUUCCAGUUGAAAUUUUUGACUGUGAAGAAGGAAUGCUACUUCUCAAAAAUGAAUUGAAAGAAUACAACUCUAUUCAACUGAGAAAGGAGCCUGUAUAG